AUGAAGACCUCCGCCGUUGCUACGCUCAUGGCAGCAUGGGCCAUCACCUCCGGAGCGUCAGCGCCGAGCGAGCAGCGCGGCAAUCAUCUUGCAGCUAGAGAUAAGUCCAUCAGGGAAGCCAUCGCCGUCUGGGACCCCCCGUCGACCGACACCCAGAGGCUAGCCGACAUCAGAGACAAGAACAAGUUCAUCGGGCACUAUGCCAACGGCGACUCGGACUACGAGACCGAGCUCUCCGACGGCGAAGUCGAGGCCCUCGACAAGGGGCUCGGUCGUCGAGCUGACAUCGAUGCCAUCCUGCAUUUACCUGGCGUCACGGAGAUCCUACCUGAAGAAGACCAGUGUUACAGAAAGAAGUGCGAGGACUUUGAGACGUGCGAGAAACUCAAUAAGGAUCAUGGUUGCGGGUUUAUGUCCUGCAUUAACAGGAAAUGGGGCGGAGGCGAUGAUGAAGCUGAGAAGAGAUGCUUUUAG